AAAGAGAAGAAGAGGAAGAAGAAAGAGAAGAGGAAGAAGAACAAGAAGAGGAAGAAGAGGAAGGCAAAGAAGAUGCAGUUGGUCAGUUCCCUUACAUGGAAGAGCACUGGGAAGAAUAUGAUCUGGAAGAAGAGCUGGAUGGAAGUGGCAAGAUGGAAAACAGGGACACUUCUGAAGAUGCUGGAGACCAGUCUGAUUCUAGCAUGCAAAGCUCAGGACACUCUUUGGGCAGCAUUGGUAACAUCUGGCCUCUGAAGUCUGCAGACAGAAUUCACAUAUCAGCCUCACAGAGAAACUUCCAAUUGCUCGAUAAUAUGGUCAGGGGAAAGGAACUGGCAGUCCAGAAAACCAGUGACACGCUGAGUGCCUGUCGGCUGAGGAGCAGGGUGCUGGCAAAGCAGCUGGAUCAUGUAGACAUGGAAAUAGAGAGAGAGGAGGAGGCUGGCAAUGUUGCAGCCGUGUCCCGCCUGCAGGCCGUGAGCAGCCGCUUGUGCACUGAGCUGGAGAGAGAGAAGGAGCUGGAGCUGAGACUUGCUCUGACACUAAAACAAAACUUGGUUGAGCUGUGGCAGAUAGAAACUGAGCAGGGAAAAUAUGACAACCUCCGUGAACAGCUUCAAAAAGAUGAGGAGGAGCUACAGAUGCAAUACCAGGAGGAGAAAGAAGUGAGGAUUUGGAAGGAAAAAAUAACAGCCCUGCAAGCAGAAGGAACACGUCGGACUCGAGAGAAAAGAGAGGAGAAAGCCCAGAGAGAAUGUGAAGAAAGAAAUAAAAAACUCCUUGAGGAUGCCAAAAGGAACCAUGAGAAAGCAGUCUGCUUCCUGAAGCAGAGCAUGGCAAGAAUUCAUGAAAAAAAUGCAAAGGAAGAAGUGAAAGCUCAGGAGCAUAUGGAGAGAAGAAUACAAGCUGUGCUUUCCCUGAAAACCAGCAUCACUUCCAACAGGGAAAGGCUCCAAACUCUCCAGAUUUUGAACAGAGCAAAGGCCUUGGAGGCAAAGAAGGAGGAGAUGAAAAUGAGAGAGGCCAUCCUAGCAAAAGGAGGCAAUGUUAUCAGGGAAAUUUUUCUCCAUAAAAAACAGCAAGAACACGAAAAAAAGAAAGAAGCUUUUAGAGAACUGCAGAAGUCAAGAAAAAUGGAGAUUGUGUCUCGAAUUUUGCAAGAAAGAGCUUCUAUUCACAAACAGAGAAAAAGUCAGUCCCCUACCAAGGCAAUUAAGGCUCGUGGUAAACUUAGGGAUCCUUUACUGCAGAGUGAGGAAGCCUGGCAAAGUGAGGAGACCUACAAACAUGCAGAUGGAGAAAUAUCACAGCCAUGGUGCUCUCCAUCAGUUUGUUCCUUGGCUGGGGAAGGAGCUGCUCUCCAAGGAGAGAGUUCUGAGAACAGACCCCAGGAUGUGCUCUGGGAAAGUGAUGAUGAGGACACAGACAGGGACAAGACCCUCCUGGUACCAGAAUUCCCAGGACUUUGGAAUCGGGAAUAUGACUUUCACAAGGUGGCCAAAGCAGAAGAUCCAACACUGUUGGCUAUAAGGGCAAUGAGGAAACAAAUGGCUGAGAAAAAAAUGGAGGAACACCAGACUCAAAUUCUUCACAAGCAGACUGUGCCUCGGAAACAAAUGGCUGAGAAAAAAAUGGAGGAAUACCAGACUCAAAUUCUUCACAGGCAGACUGUGCCUAGUCUGGAGCAUAAGGGCUGUGCUUUCCACAGCAAACCCAGCUGCAUUCAUUUCAAGGAUUUUGAUGUUGGUCAAAUCUACAAAAAGAAGAUAGUUUUGACAAAUGCAUCCUACAGUGUUAAUUACUGCAGGCUGGUGGGAAUCAGUGAAUGGCUCAAGGACUUCAUCAGUGUUCAUUUUGACCCACCUGGCAAAAUGUCUUCUGGGAUGUCCUGUGAAUUCCUGGUAACAUUUAAGCCAAUGAUAAAUAAAGAGCUGGAAGGAGCAGUGAUGUUUAUGGCCCAGACAGGUCCUUUUUCUGUUCCACUGAAAUGUACAGUCAAGACCUGCAUUCUGGCUCUGGAUAAAGAGCUCAUUGACUUUGGCAGCCUUGUGGUGGGAGAGACAAUUUCACGGACCAUCAGCCUGACAAACAGCGGGGCUUUGGGAACCAGAUUCAAAGUUCAGACGUCAGCAGGUGCCACAAGUACCCUCAGAGCAACAGUAAAAGCUGCUCCUGCAAGAGUGGUCUCUGAACAUUCCCCUGAAGGGGAAGGCAGCAUGAGUCCUGUGGCAGCUGGGAAUCCCAACAAGGAGCAGAUUUGUGCUGAGCCCAGUGUGGGGGUGACCCCCUGUGCAGCCCAGGAGCACGAGAGCAGCAGUUCCAUGGAACAACUUGGUGAAGGAGAAUUAAAUACCGGAUCAUAUCUGGACACUGACAAUGAAGAUAAUUUAUUGGAACUUUCUCCUGAAGAAAUACCAGUUGAAAUUGUGCUUGGAAAGGUGACUGAGGGUGAGAUUGGACCCUUCAGCUCAGUGAAAAUCCCAGUCCUGUUUGUCCCAGCUGUCCCUGGGGACGUGAGGGCAGUGUUUGUGAUCGUGUUUGACAACCCAGACUGCAAACCACUGAGCUUCAGUGCCAUUGGAGUUUCUGUGGAUGUGCCCAUCUGGGUACCCCAACCCAGCGUGGACCUGAGGAUCUGCCUGUACGAGCGGCUGUACCAGGACAGCGUCGAGGUGCGCAGCAGAGCAACAACCAUGCUGCGUUUGAAGUUUGAGGUGUGCAGAGAAUUGAGCAAGCAUAUGGAGCUGCUUCCAAAAACAGGCUACAUCCAGGCUCAGUCAUCCUUCAGUGCACAGCUCAAGUUCCUGCCCAGGCUGUCCCUUCCUGAAGAUGCAGGGAGCUAUUUCAAUGCAGAGACAGGAGUCCUGGAGGUCCCAGUGACAAUCCUGAUCGUGGACAAGGCUAAAAAAGUUAAUUUUACUGUCCAUGCCAUUGUUACUACUUCUGAUUUGGAAAUCAGCCCAGCACAGAUCAACUUUGGAUACUGCACGAUCUAUGAAGCUGUGCAGACAAAUGUCAUCCUAACAAACAAAUCCAUCUUGCCACAGGAGUUUGGAUUUGUGGGACUGCCAAAGUUUGUUGAAGUUCAACCCAACGAUGGAUUUGGAAUUAUCCUUCCUCUGGAAAGCCUGACACUGGACAUAAUCUUUAAAGCCACCAAGGCAAAAGAGUACAGCUUUGAGCUCACCUGCAGGACAGAGAUCAACAGACAAUUCAAGCUGUCAUGCAAAGCAGUUGGAGUCCACCCACCUCUUGAAUUGUCUCAUUCCUUGGUUCAGUUUGCUGCUACAGCCCUGAGCUCUGUGUCUUCAGCCACUCUGGAUAUUCUCAAUUCCCACGUGGAUGGGAACCCUCUCACUCACCCUGUCCCACGGAUUGGCACUGGGGACCCUGUCCCAGUUGGCCCCACUUCCUUUGAAUUCCAUGUGCCCCAAGACUGUCCUGUGACCAUUACACCUUCUGUGGGAACUGUGCUGCCUGGGCAGAAAAGCUCCAUCCGAGUGUCCUUCAGCCCGGCGCUGACGGAUCAGCAAAUCAGGGAGGAGGCAGUGAGGAGGCUCAGCACAGCAGCUGUGCCAGAGGCAGAAGAACAAAUUUCCAGUGGCCCCCCUCAGUCUCCAGUGGGCAAAAAGAGGAAAGAUUCAAAGAGAGAGCGAAAGAAAUCGACCGUUUCCAUUUCCAGAAGAAGGGCUGGAAGCAGGAAAAGCCUGGAUUCUGUAAACAGCUCUAAAGAGCCAAAACCCGAAGAGUUAAAGCCUGAUUCUGAUGCUUAUAGAGCAGCACAGGCUUCCCUGACGAGGAGUUUCAGAGGGAGUUUUAACAAAUACAUCAUCCCAUGCUCUGUUGCAAGUGGCCACACCACUGGAGAGGAGGGCUCUGGGAACUUAACCUUCAGCCCUCACAACACCUUGUACCUGGAGCUGCACUGCCCUGCUGUGGCCCCUCCUGUUCUGAUCACUUCUGACUCUGGGAUCAAUGCAGCCAAUUUUGGGGACGUUUCUGUAGGCCUCAGAAUUAUGAAGAGAAUUACAAUAGAAAACAUCUCUCCUGAGAAGCUGGAACUGGGAUUCUCAGUUCUGAAUCCCAAUGGCCCCUUCCUGUUGGUUAGAGCAGUUGGAACACUUGAGCCAGGUGAAAAUAAACCCCUCAUCAUCUCUUUUUGUCCGAGUGAGGAUAAGUGGUUCUUGGAAACUCUGGACAUCCAGAUGGCAAAGACCAACCUCAGCCUCCUCCUCUCUGGGCACGGGGUGGUGCCAAGCACUGAGUGCUCCGUGGGAGAGCUGCUGGACAUGGGAUACGUCAUGGCCGGGGACACAGGGACUGCCACAGUCGAGAUAAAGAACACUUCCAACCUGACCCUGCCGUUCUCCAUACAACUGGAGUCGCUCUCACCAACACGGGACAGAGACCGGCAGAAAAUUCCAUCCUUCCUUACAUCCUCUCUGCAGAGAACAGAGAUUGUUGGAACACAGAACUAUAAUGGCUUCAGUGUGUUCAGUGUCUCUCCAACAGAAGGAAAAAUUGAGGCUGGGAAGAGCCAGGAUUUUGUUGUUACUUUCAGCCCUGAUCAUGAAAGUCUUUACUAUUCCGACCAUCUCAAGGUUCUGCUCUUUGGCAAGCAAACAGCCCAUGAGAUCCACCUGAAGGGUGCAGCCCGGAAUCACCCCAUGUUUGUGGAGGGGGGAGUGCCCCUGGAUGUGCCCGUGGAGUCCUUGGCUGUCACCUCACCUGUGGCACCACAGGAAGCUCUGGAGGAAGGGUCAGGAGAAGCAGUGAGGUCCCUUCUCCUGCUCCUGGAGUACGUGGAGGGCUCAGCAGAGCCAGCCAGGGCAGAGAUCACUGUCGGGGCCAUGGAGAGUCCUCUGCUGGCAGCCAAGAAGGCCGUGGAGUUCAGCCUGGCGAGCGGCGCGGAGCUGCAGCGGGCGGGGUUCGCGCUGGACGGCCCGAGGGGAGCCCUGGAGCGCGGGCAGCAGCAGCGCAUCGGCGUCUCGUGGCUGCCACCUGCCGAGCUGCAGACCAGUGAGCCCCCGCUCAUAUCAGCCCUCCUGACUGUCAAAGGUGACAUUACAGAAUCCUACCGAGUCCUGCUCAUGGCAAGAGUUGUGUCUGCAGCUGCUCCCACUGCCUGAGGGGUCCAGGCCAAAUGGAAAGGAAGAUGGAGGUUACAUCACUAAGAUGCAACCCUGGAUCUCUGGUGAAAUCUCUGGGAAGAUUUUGAGAUUGUUGCAAAUAAGUGAGGGCAGCAGAGCUGUGAGAAGGAAGGGCCAUGUAACAUUUCUGCUCUGUUUCAUCCAAAGUUCUCUGUAAAUUCUGGUGCCAGUAGCUUCAUUUUCCAGCUGACUCUGUGACAGUAAUCUUGUGUUAGAAGAAAGAAUUACUGAAGGCCCCAAGCAAUUACACCUGCUGUUAAUCCCAUGUCUCCCAAAGGUGGGCAUUCCAUCAGGAAGAGUAUCUGGUUUACAUCCACAUGGGUGAGUUUCUAUCUUUUUCCAAUUUCAGAUGCUUUUUGUAGGAUUUGGAAAAGCCUUGACUUUUUAAAGAUCGGAAUAAAGUUUCUGAUUCAAGCCUUCUCCAAAUAAUUUGGCCAGUCACUUUUACAAUGUAGUCAAAUCUGCCUGAUAACACGUGGCCAAGGGGGAAUAUUCCUGUGCUGUCCCCUGGAUAUGGUCCAACACUUGCCAGAG